AUGGAUCAACCGGAGGUUCAAAAGUCGCCCUCAGCGCAACUAGGUGCGUUGGCCUUGAGCAGUCCCCUCUCGGUGCGACAGGAUGCGGCGGCCUUGACCACCUCACCCUCGACGCAGCUGGCUGCAAUGGCCCUGGACAGCUCGCCUGUUCAGCCUCCCCGCUCUGAUGCUCCUACUGGGGUUUCUACUCGUCGCUCUCACCACUCCUCUUUGUUUGGGGGCCCCUCUCCUCCUGGGACUCCUCGCCUGGCUGAAAGUCCCUCCUCCACCCCGAGUCCUCCCAAUACGCCUUCCCCGCUCGAGAGACGCACAUCUGGCAAUUUGAGUCGCUCUUCAUCCACAUCUAGUGAUGAUACGCAGUCUGGUCGAGCCUCUGGCAAUCUUCGAUACUUGGCACGAGAGCCAUCGCUCCCGUAUGAAGCUUGGGAAGCUGUAUUCUAUGCCACGCUUUCUAGUGAAUCGCGCGAGGAAACUGACUUCGAUUAUGGGGAUAUCUUCGACAACCCAGCGACCAAGAGGACUCUGUCGAAUCUAAGACUGGUGAACCGAAUCUGGAACCGAAUUGCGACACCUCUUCUUUUUCGAUACCUCCAAGCCGUCGUCGGAUACUCUGCUGGUCAACCUCUCGACAGCAUCCUAAAGAUUUCCGAAAGUCCACAUGCCGUUUACGUACGUGAUGUGCGUUUUGGCUUCGUGGGAGCGUGGCUGCCCGGAUUGGACUAUGAUCGGUACAUCGAUGACUUGGCCUCGGGGGCUCUUCCUAUUCUCAUCAGCCGUUUCACGAACAUUCAAACCUUGCGGAUGCAAUCACCCUCUGUGGUGGACACAUUCAGUGAAGAAGGACAAAUCAAGCCUCCGAUGCUUGCCAAGCUGACAAACGCCCUUGUCCAUACUUUACGCUUUGUACCUGUCCCGAGAUUGAGAUGCUUGCAUAUUUCCAUGCCCACUACUGCAGAGUUCGCUCGUUUCUUUGAGUUGAACAGUUACGCUAGGAACUUCACCAACGUUUUCGCGCAAAUCGAAGAACUCCACAUCACCAUCAACGACAGCACCGGCCCCGAUGGCAGACGAGACCCGAAAUGGCCCCGCUCCAUGGUCAAGACGAAGUACCCUCUCGAUCGAUUUGCCCCGUAUCUGAUCCAGCUCAUUUCUUACGCAAAGAAAAUCAAAGUCUUCAGUCUAGAUGCCCGUACCUGGUUCGACGUGUCUGAUCUGGAACCGGAAAACCUCACUAAACUGAAGUAUUUCCGACUCGAAGGCGUGCGAAUCAACCACGAAACUCUCAAGAAUAUUUUCCGCCAGGCUCGAUAUACGCUGCUUCGCGUUGAAUUGGUCCACGUUCGGCUCAUGAGUGGCACCUGGGAAGACGUUUUCGGUUAUCGAGCUUUUGCUCCCUGGAAUCUCCUUUGGCUUCGUAUUGAUGGCUGUGGAUACUCAAUGACAGGUACUAGUGCCCACCACGUUGGUUUUGCAUUCACUCACUACCCAACUGCAUUCUGGACUCUCCAUGGCCGCGAUUGGCUGGCUCUUACGCACUGGAGAUCGGUGGUGAAUACUAACCGUCAGCGCGAUGGACUGUCUAUCUGUCCGCACUGCUUUUUCCCAGCUGCAACUACUCUCAUCCAGAAUCCCUAA